AUGUCGUCCAGCUCCACUACCUUAACAGCUCCCACCUCAACCCCGUCCAUCGCAGUAGCAGAGCUCGAUAGCUCCCCUAACGCCUCCCCCGUCGCCGCGAGCAGUGCGUCCAGCAGCACCUCCAGUACCGCUGUAGCCAGUACCGGGAGCGGUACCGGUACCGAUGGCAGUAGCGGUGCAACUGCUAGCUCUAGUAUCACGCCAAACGGAAUAAAAGCCGGCGUUGCAGGAUUCCCGGAUAUCGUGAACACCAACAAGGCGGCACUUGAUCAAUAUGCUCCCUAUAUUUCGUGGUACUCGGACUACUGGCCCAACACCACCGAUUUUACCAGCGGUACGAAGACUGUAAAGGGCAUCGGCAUGUUAUGGGGCAACGGUGACCUCAACGAAACCGACCCUACUGCCCCCAUCGGUACCGCCGCAGCAGAUGACAAAAACCGCUACGCUGCCUAUACAGACCUACCCGCUUCCCCCGCCCCGGACUACAUGAUGGGUUUCUACGAGCCUGACUGGCCAGCUCCUUACUCUAGCAACAUGAACGCGCCCACCGCCGCCACCGCCUGGAAGGCCACCCUCGGCAAGCUUGGCAAUACUCUCGUUGGGUCGCCGUCCAUGGCCACCCAGAUGGACGAAACGUGGCUCACGCCCUUCAUGGAGGCGCUCGGGGUAACGGAGCCGCCGUGGGACUACACCUGCAUCCACACGAACAAGAAUACUUCCGACGGGGUGAAGGCAGAUGUGGGGUACUACUGGACCAAGUAUGGGAAGCCGGUCUGGGUGUCCGAGUUCGCGUGUGUGAAUGAUAAGAGUUGGACAAUGUGCGAUCAAGAUACCGUCAACACUUUUAUUCCCGAGGUGGUCGACUUCUUCGAAAAGAAUGCCAGUGUGAUUGCCUAUGGGUAUAGUAAUGGAGCUGGCUUGGGGAGCGUGUGGCCGUUGAUCAACAGCACCACUGGGAAGUUGACGUCAAGUGGGAACUGCUAUUUGGAUGUUCUGCAGGGGAAAGUUUCUUCAGGUCAGGCGUGUACUAACUAG